AAAAUCCACGCAGUUGUCCAAAUAAAAUGGAAUAUUAAAAAAGAUUGGUUCCCGUUAUAUAAUCGUUAUUCCUAUUGAAAAAUCAGCCACUUUGGUAAUUAAUUGCUAACAAAUACUGACAAGUUUUUGAACUCUUGUGAAUGAAAUCCUGUUAUGCUUGUAACGGAUCAUGGAAAUUGAAAAUAUUGUUUUCUUAUCAAAAUCUUCGUAACAACUUUAUAGAAAUAAUACAACUGUUUGCAAAAGGAAUUUUCAGCUUAAUUUCAUAUUUCUAUUAUAGUUAAAUCUUAUUUUGGAUAUAGUGGAUAAAUAUUGAUGUUAUGUAUAUGGAGAUAGGUUGGAACGGUCAUGACUUUCUGUAAGAAGAGUUUUGGUUUUGUUUUUCUAUUUCUCCAAGGAAUAAAAUUGAAACUAUUGGCGAUCAUCUAUAGCCCAGAACAUGGACACGCUACAGAACAAUCUUAUCUUAAAACAUGUUAAAAGUGUUUCUUUAUUUAUCAAUUAUCAAAACAUACUUUAAGAUAUUUGUAGGAAAGAUCUUGAUGAUUAUAAAGAUUGAAUAUAUAAUUAUUAACAGUUGAACACCUACAUGUGCACGUGAAAGAAGUGAAAGAAACGUCGUGAUAAAAUCUGAGGAUAACUGAAUAAAAGCGUAUUCAAUUGCUGCAAAUUGUAACAUUCAUGUUUCUUUAAGAAGAAACGACCUUGCUUCUAGAUUGAAAAUAAAGUGUUACAUUCUCUUUUGAAAUAGAGAUCAUUUUAAGUGCAUAAUAAAAUGUUUCGUUUAAGUACUUAAAAGAUUCAUGGACUGAUUUAUUCCUCAAUAAAUUGUUUUGUAUGCUUGAAGCGGAUAACAACGUACAAUUUUUCAUUGCUGGUUUGUUGGAUUGCACAUAUUUACCAACUCAUGAAUACACUUUGUUUGUUUUUAUCAAUCAUCGAAAUGUUUGUUUGAAGAAGCGUACAGAAAAUGCAAUUUUAAAAUGGCAUAAAAGAUUAUUGUCCAUUCAAUGGAGAGAAAAGGAAAAGAAAAAAGGUCUUCAGUGAGUUUCAACAAAGGAGGUUGACAGAAUCAUAUGAUUUUUUGGCGGCGAAUAAGGAAUUGGUGAGUUAAAAGUAAGAAACAUGGCUUUAUCAAGUAAGAGCAAACAAAAGACCUCGGUAACGUAUUCACCUAUCGCAGAAAUGGACGAAGGAAACUUAUCAAGAGCUGGUAGUCUAAACGGGAGGUCACACAUUGGCAGUGGAAAAAGAAAUGGAAUGAUAAGUCCGAGUCGACAGGUAGCCAUGUCAGACAUGAAAACAACUGGACUAGGUUCUAAACAAGCGUCUCUGUAUCUGAGCCGGACAGCUUCACUAGUGAGGACAGGGCGAGAUUCGGGACCUGGGACUCCUAAUAAAGAUGGAAGUUCAGUUAGAGAUAGUGAUACAAACAGUGUGUCAAAGAAAACAUCAGUGUCAUCGUUUGAACGGGAAUUUACUUUCACUGGAUAUGAUAUUAUGGCUGAUACUGAACCUGUUAAGCAGCCGAAGGAAUCCGAAGACGAGAAAAAAGAGCGGGAAAAUGUGCAAUGUUAUAUUUCAUCAUGUAAACAGUAUGGUAUUAAUCCAGUAAACUAUAUUGCAAGGCAUAUUAAUGAUAAACAUAUAGUUAUGAAAAGUCAUCCGAUUGGACCUCAAGGUGCACGUGCACUGUGUGUUGCUCUAGUUAAUAAUAAAUUCGUUGAAAAAUUGGAUUUAGAAGAUAAUGAUAUCGGUACAGAGGGUGCUGUUUAUAUCGCAGAGAUGUUACAAGAAAACGACACCAUUACAGAAGUUAGAAUUUCGGAGAACAUGAUAGGAUCAAGGGGAGCUUAUGCAUUUACUGAAUUGUUGAAAGAAGGCAAAUUUCUUCAUACGCUAGAUAUAUCUGGAAGUGGGCUGGAAGAUUCAGAUUCCAAAUUUGUAGCUGAUAUGAUAGAGUUUAACUCACGUUUAAAAGUGCUGAAUGUUAGUCACAAUCGACUGAGUUCUGAAGGUGCUUUUGACAUUGGGCGGGCUAUUGCAAUAAACGACACCCUACAAGAAUUAGAUUUAAGUUGGAACCAUAUUAGAGGGAGGGGAGCGCUAGCUGUUGCCGUAGGAGUUCAGAAAAAUGUAGGUCUAAAAGUGCUAAAUUUGGGUUGGAAUGGAUUCGCUAAAGAAGGUGCUAUGUGUCUAGGUCGGGCAUUAGAGGAAAAUAGAACGUUAUUAACUUUAGAUAUAUCUAAUAAUCGUAUUGGAAUGGAUGGAAUUGGAGGGUUUCUAAAGGGUUUGCAACAAAAUGACGGACUUACAGAGCUAAAAAUUGGGCAGAAUCCAUUUUCACCGGAAGUGGCAUUAACAAUACUCAGAGCUAUAGAGGAGUCAGAUAAAUGUGUCAUCCGAUUACUGGAUCUCUCGGAUAUCGUAGUGCGGUCAGAUUUUCUAGAAAAAUGGGAUGAAAUUAAACGCAAAAGAGAGAUCCCGUUACGUAUCAUGUUUGGGGCGGUGGUACGGUCCACAGAUGCUCCGGCCAAAGAUCCUAAUGCAUUAGACUGGAGGGAUCCAGUCGUUCGAAUGUUUAAAUACAUGCAGGACCAGGGUUAUAGAGUGAUAGAUCUGUUAAAAAGACUGGAUAAAGACAGGAGCUUCAGUGUUGAUAGACAAGAAUUUAAGUUAGGCUUAAUGGCAGAAAACAUCCCGUUGACGGAAGCACAACUAGAUGAAGUUAUUGACAGACUUGAUACAGAUGGUGACGGGGAAGUUGAUCUCGGCUUAUUUAGGAAACUUCUCAAGAGAGUUGCUCAAGGGCGAAAAAGACUUCCGGCGGAAGAUGCAUCUCCGCAUGCGCAAGAUGUUAAGGCAGACGAAACCGGCGGGGGACUCAGUCGCUCAGAAACUACUUAAAAUCGAGUUGUUAUGACACCGGUCGUGUGAAAUGUUUGGGAAGUGUUAACUUUGACAUGAAAAGAGGAACAUAACAUCAAAAUACAGUCUAUAUGCUUGAUCUCUUUACAGUAUUCAACAGGCAUGAAAAACUGGCUGAUUAAAUUAGAUCAAAGAGACUGUGUUACUUGUCGGUUUAAUAUCGUAACUAAUUGCAGUGUUCAGAAAGGUGUUUUCGUUUUCCUUCUUACUACACAGUCAAGCACUUGAAGGAUGGUUCAUGGAAUAGCUAUUAUUGCUUGGUAUGCAUAAUCUCAAAUAUCAAGGACAAUUCUAAAGUGUGUGCUACAUCUAGGACGUCCUAAAUAACAGCUUGUAUCUUCUGUGAUUU